UUGCCCUCAGCUCGAUCCUCUUGAUCUCAGCAGGAUUUGUUCCUCUGCUAUAUUUAGCCGGAGGAGCCACCGACUCCGUCAGCCGACCGGACGACGAGACUCCGCUGUUUAAUUCUAUCGCUCUCUAACUCUCUCCGACGAUGGCUGAGGAAGAAGAAUUAGACGACUUGUUGCUAGAGGCAGCUGGGAGAACAGGUGAAAGUGAGAGAAGACGACGCAAGGUUCCAUACUCUGAUGAUGAGAGUGACUCAAAAGAUGAUGACUAUGAUGAUGAUCAUGCUUAUUCAAACAGAAAACCCUCUGGUUCACAAGUCCCUCUCAAGAAAAGGUUGGACCCCUUGGAAAGGGAUGAGGAUGAUAGUAAUCAUGAAGAAGAUGGUUAUCAUGAAGGUGACAGUGAUGAUGAUUCUGUUGGGAGUGACCUCUACAAGGAUGAAGAUGAUAGGAAAAAGCUUGCACAGAUGUCGGAACUUCAAAGGGAAAUGAUUUUAGCAGAUCGUGCAUCAACAAGAAGUGAUAGAGAAAUGCACGAGAAAUUUGCAAAAAAAAGAAAAGGGAGCCCCACUCAAACUCAUUCUCGUGCUGUGCGCUCAUCAACUAGAUUUGCUGACAGGGCAGCUGCCAAAGAUGACGCGCUGAAUGAGAUACGAGCAAAGCGAAUGAGGCAGCAGGAUCCAGAGGCUCAUCGGAAACUUAGGGAUGCAACUAGAGAUGGCUCUGGAAGCCGUGGUUACUCACCUGUCAAGCGUAGACCCUUUACAGCAGCAACUAUAGGUAGCCCUACCCGGAGUGGAAGCGCUUCACAUAGUGAUGAGGAAGAGUCUACUGGUGAUGGUGGAAUGGCUGAUAGUGAUGAAGACAAGACAUCAGCUGAAUCAAAGUGGCCAACCUAUGAGGAUAUAAAGGAAAUUACCAUUCGAAGAUCUAAAUUAGCAAAGUGGUUUAUGGAACCUUUUUUUGAGGAUUUGAUUGUUGGUUGUUUUGUAAGGGUUGGAAUUGGGAAGAAUAGAUAUGGUCCAAUCUACAGACUCUGUGUUGUCCGCAAUGUUGAUGGCUCAGACCCAGAUCGCCUGUACAAGCUUGAUAACAAGACCACAUAUAAGUAUCUAAAUGUUGUUUGGGGAAAUGAAAACUCUGCUGCUAGGUGGCAGAUGGCCAUGAUUUCAGACUCUCCACCUGCCAAGGAGGAAUAUGACCAAUGGGUUAGGGAAGUAGAGCGCAGUGGUGGCCGCAUGCCAAGCAAACUGGAGGUAGUGGAAAAGAAGGAGGCCAUUCAGAAGACAAAUUCAUUUGUUUACUCUGCAGAAACUGUCAAGCAGAUGUUGCAGGAGAAAAAGUCUGCCACAUGGAGACCGCUGAAUGUUGCAGCUGAGAAGGAUCGUUUGAGGACAGAGAUGGAAGUGGCAAAGAUUAACAAUGAUGAACUAGAGGUGGAGAGGAUCAAGGCCAGACUGCAGGAAUUGGAGGCAUCUCGGCAAGCCCAUGAGAUGGACAAAAAAGCUAUUAGGUUGGCAGAGAUGAACAGAAAGAACAGGGUUGAAAACUUCAAGAAUGCAUCAGGAUUGAAACCGGUCAAUGCGAGUCUGAAAGCUGGUGAAGCUGGGUAUGAUCCCUUCUCAAGGAGAUGGACCAGGUCAAGAAAUUAUUAUGUCAAAAACCCCAUUGAUGGAGAAGCAGCUGCAGCAGAUGGUGAAGCUACUGCAGCCUCAGCAGUUGAUAACCGUAAUGGCACAGCUGUAGUUUCCACUGAGAUGGGAAAGGCAGCUACAGCUGCAGCGGAUGAUGGGAAGUUGGUAGAUACAAGUGCUCCUGUAGAUCAAGGAAGAGAGUCGAACAUGCUGCAUGGUUUUAAACUUGAAAUUAACUUGGAUCCACUUGAAAAUUUUGGUGGGGCCAAAGGAGCGCAAGCAGGGUUCAUGGCUCGGAAGCAGAGAAUAGAAGCAACUGUUGGUUGUAGAGUUCCAGAAAAUGAUGGGAGGAGACAUGUUUUAACCUUGACUGUCAGCGACUACAAGAGAAGAAUGGGAUUGCUUUGAAGUUUGAUGCUGCAUUUUAGGGAUAUAGGGUUCCAGAAAAUGAUGAGGAGACAUUCUUUAACUUUGACUGUCAGCGACUAUAAGAGAAGAAUGGGGUUGCUUUGAAGUUUGAUGCUACACUUUCAGGUUCAGACUUUCCUUAUUAUUGUAGUUUUGAGUGACACAUUAUAUUUAAUUAUGACUAAUGCGGUUGUAUUGAUUAAGGUCUUUCUUCUUGAUCAUGGGCUUUUAUGAGUGAUGAAUGGUGAAUUUAAUUCGAAACUUUGAUAUGUAUAUCGGAUUCCUUCACAAUCUUUGUGGGAAAAUGCCUACAUUGGUUUUCUUUUACUGAACAG